AUGAACGUCACGGAAACUGGUAAGGAAUACAUUACCACAAUGGUCGGGGACAAGUCUGGCAAGCUCAAGGUGUUGCUGCUAGACGGGGAAACUACCCCUAUAGUUUCCAUGUGCACAACCCAAUCGUCUCUACUUCAAAAUGAAGUCUACCUGAUAGACCGAAUCGACAACCCCAAUCGAGAGAAACAACGACAUUUGGCGUGCAUUGUGUUUAUCCGGCCCAGCAACGACUCCAUUGCCAAGCUGUGUGAAGAGCUGCGGAACCCUCGAUAUGCCUCUUACGAGCUCUACUUCUCCAACGUGGUCAAAAAGUCGCAGCUGGAACGACUGGCUGAAAGUGACGACUAUGAGGUGGUCAAAAAGGUGCAGGAGAGCUUUGCUGACUUCCUGGCCGUUAACAAGGAUCUCUUCAACUUUUCUCUCACCAGAAACUCGCUCUCCAUCUACUCCGACGGAGGGUGGAACCCCGAAUGUCUCAACAGAUGCACAGAGUCAUUGCAGGCUGUGCUGCUGGGUCUCAAACUGCGACCUCAGAUCCGAUACGACGCCAAUUCCAAUAUGGCUCGAAAACUUGCCGAAGAACUGGCCUACGGCAUCAAGCAGGAAGAGAACCUGUUCAACUUCAAAACUCCCAGGGACUCGGCGCCCGUCCUGCUUAUUCUGGACAGAAAGAACGAUCCCCUCACGCCUCUAUUGACGCCCUGGAGUUACCAAGCCAUGGUCCACGAAUUCAUCGGUAUCGAUAACAACCGAGUGGAUCUCCGUAACACGCCUGAGAUUCGAGACGAGCUCAAAGAAAUUGUUCUUUCUCAAAAUGAUGAUCCUUUCUUCGCUGACAACAUGUACCAUAACUUCGGAGACCUGGGCCAAUCCAUCAAGGAUUAUGUGUCGCACUAUCAGUCUAAGACACAAUCAAACAUGGACAUUGAAAGUAUCGCCGACAUGAAGCGAUUUGUGGAGGAGUACCCCGAGUUCCGACGACUCUCAGGUAACGUUUCCAAACACGUUACUCUUGUGGGAGAGCUCUCUCGAAUUGUCGAGAAAGGCCAGCAUCUGGACGUCUCCGAAUUGGAACAAACCCUUGUGUGCUCCGACUCCCACAAUGACUCUCUCAAACAGAUUCAGCAAAUAAUCGCAGCGCCCUCCAUCUCCAUGGAGAACAAAGUGCGCCUGGUUGCUCUUUACGGUCUGCGAUACGAGCAAAAGGACAACAACUCUCUCAAGCUCCUGUGUGAGAUGCUAGGACAGUAUGAGGGACAAGACGCAGUGCAGGCGGCUCAGGCAGUCAUUAAUUUCGCAUGCCUCGCCCAGAGACAAGAGGCUCUCUUUGAAGAAGGUUUCAUCGCCAAGGCCAAGGGAAACAUCAUGGGUCUUAAGGGUAUUCAGAACGUGUACACUCAACAUCGGCCCUUGUUAGAGAAAACCUUGACCAAUCUUGUCAAGAACAAGCUGCGUGAGGCUACACACCCCUAUGUACGGGGAGCAGGCCGGGGCCCAGUUUCCAAUAAUGGAGUCUAUGAGGAUGACGUGCAGGAGGUAGUGGUUUUCAUUGUCGGCGGAGUCACGUAUGAGGAGGCUCGUCUUAUUGCCGAAAUUAAUUCCCAGUCGUCUGUCCGUAUUGUUCUUGGGGGCACUUCCAUUGUCAACUCUGGCGAGUUUAUUCAGGAGUGUUUGGACCAGAACCACAGAGGACUCUUGCGUGGCGCAGACCCCGAAACCCGACUUAGGCAGCUGAUAUAA